AUGGUGUUUCAGGAAGGACUGAUUGAGUGUACACCCAAGGAGUGUCCGCCCGCCACAUGCCAGCAUCCCAUCACCAUGACAGAUGCUUGCUGCCUAUCGUGUGAAGCUGGUUGCAGCUUCAAGGAUGGCAAGUACCUGACAGGGACCCGCUUCCCGGAUCCAGAAGAUGCCUGUGUCAGUUGUGUAUGUGAAAAGGGCAACGUGAGCUGCACCGUGGCCAGCUGUCCGAACCUGGGAGACUGUCAGAGUCCCACCCAGCUGGAGGGGGAGUGUUGUCCUGUGUGUCUUGACUGCGGAGCUCACGCUAAUGCAACCAAGUGGUACCCAAGCCGAUGUCAGGAGUGCUCCUGUGUGAAUGGUGAGGUGUCUUGUCAGCGAGUGAAGUGUACUGAUGUAGAAUGUCUGUUCCCUUACACCCCUGAUGGUUCCUGCUGUCCAGUUUGUGUGGCCUGUUUCUAUGAGGGUGCUAUCUACCAAGAUGGAGAGAAGUUCAAUCCUGAUGCCUGUCAGACAUGUGGUUGUCACCGUGGAAACAUUAUCUGUGAUGUCAAGGACUGCCCGGCAACCAACUGUCCUGCUCCAGUUACUCCGGCCAAUCAGUGCUGUGCUGUUUGUGAUAGUGAUUGUGAGUAUGAGGGUUCUGCUUAUAAGCACAGGACGACCUUCACCCCAUCGUACAACCCCUGUCUCCAGUGUUCCUGUGACAACUCCAUCGUCAGGUGUAACUCCAUCUCCUGCGCACCACACAACCUUCCAUGUCAACGUCCACUCAUCGCCCCCGGAGAAUGCUGUCCAUCUAGGUGUCCUCAGUGCAGCCAUGAAGGUUCUCAGUACAAUGAUGGAGAGACCUGGUCUCCAGCUGGCAUCCUGUGUCAGGUGUGUCAUUGUCGUAACGGCAUCGUCACGUGUCGCACCCGUGAAACCUGUGCCUUGGAGUGUACCCACGGUCUAGUGAGGGAUGGAGCUUGCUGCUCUGCCUGUACAGACUGCAUGUAUGACAGCAGAAUAAUCCAGGAUGGAGAGACGUUUGUGAGGAAUGGGUCGCCAUGCCAACAGUGUCAGUGUAAAGAGGGGAACAUAGAGUGUCAACUCGGAGGGCUUUGUCCCCUGCUGCCCUGCAAGAAGACUGAGACACCACAGGACCAGUGCUGCCCUCGCUGUGCAGAGUGCACAUAUGAAGGGCGGACCUAUCGCUAUGGGGAAAUGAUCACGAAGGACAAGUGCUCUCACUGCGUGUGUCGUGAAGGCCAGGUGACGUGUGAUCGAGUCCCAUGCCCCCAGUUGCGGUGUUCGGACCCACAGACAGUUCCAGGAGCGUGCUGUCCUGUCUGCUCCAGAUGUGAAUACUUCUCCAAGUUCUAUGAAGAUGGACAGACAUUUGUCUCACCUCGAGAUCCUUGCGAGUCUUGCCUGUGCAAAGAUGGGCAGGUGGCGUGCCGCAGCAUCAAGUCGGACUGUCCGGCCGUGCAGUGUACACAUCCUGGGUCUGUACGCAACCAGUGCUGCCGACAGUGUGACAACUGUAUGUACCUACGUCGCAUGUUCCGUAACGGCCAGAAGUUCACGCCCCCUGGUGGGGACCAGUGUCAAACCUGUGUAUGCAGGGAUGGGAGCGUGACGUGCAACAAGCUGGAAUGUCCAGAGCUCAACUGCCUCAACUCGUACACCCCUACAGGCCAUUGUUGCCCGAUUUGUCGCAUGUCCUGUGAGUAUGGAGGCCGAGAGUAUCGGGAGGGUCAGACAUUCCCCAACCCCCGGGACGAGUGUUCAGUGUGCACCUGUAGGGACAGUCGUGUAGACUGUGCGAAGCGCAAGUGUCCAUCGUCCAUGUGCCUGAGCCCUGCCACUCUGCCCGGGGACUGCUGUCCCAGCUGUGAGUUCUGCCUGUAUGACCGCCGCAUCUUCCUCAACCAUCAGCACUUCAUCCACCCCAGCAACCUGUGUGAGGAGUGUGUGUGCAACAGUGGGUCUGUGAUGUGUACAAUGAUAGACUGCCCCAAGCCCCCGUGUGACAACCCAAUGCCCAUGGCGGGACAAUGCUGUUUUGUGUGCCCCAAGAGCUGCACGUACCAGGGUCUAUCCUACGAGGAUGGACAGACGUUCCGCAGUCCACGAAACAAGUGUGAAGAGUGUCUGUGUCGUCAAGGUCGUGUCCAAUGUCAGCGUGACUCGUGUGCACGAGUGUCAUGCCGACAUCCAGCGGAGGAGGGUUGUUGUCGUGUGUGCAACAAUUGUUUCUUCAAAAAUCAGUUAUGGCGCAAUGGGCAGAAGUUCCCAGACCCUCAAGACGAGUGUUCAAAAUGUCGAUGUCAAAAUGGAGAAGUGUCUUGCCAACGUCAGCAGUGUCCGCCGGUAUCAUGUCGAAACCCUGUUAUUGAGAACUGCUGUCCUGUUUGUAGGGAGUGUGAGUACCAAGGGCGGAGAAUCGGCAGUGGUCAGACAUUCACCCGUGUUGGUGGGAGCUGUGAGACAUGUGUCUGUGUAGAGGGAAACGUGGAGUGCCAGCGGAAGAUGUGCCAGGAGGUAACAUGCCAACACCCAAUCGAACGUGACUGUUGUAAAGAGUGUACAGACUGUUUCUACCACGGCCGGCCCUUUAACAAUGGGCAGUCAUUCCCAGACACCCAGGAUCGGUGCAAGGAUUGCCACUGUAUUUCCGGAAGCGUCACGUGUGUAAGCAGCGUGUGUGCCCCCGAGCGCCGUGUAAGAACCCAGUGAAGACU